AUCUAGGCGAGGCGAUCGGGGGCAUCGGUUACCCCAUCCACGUCACCCCCAGGUUUCCAUUCCCAGCGGCCACCGGCCAGGCCGAUACCCGCGCACCUCAGCCCCCCUCGGCCGGCCUAUCCCGAGCGGUGGCCUUCCCCGGCCCGCCACACAGCCGAAGGAGGUGGAGGGGGCGCUAACGGACCAGCGGCGCCGCACGCCACGUUGCCUGCCCCUUUUCCAGACCCUGCGCUGCACGGUAUACAUGUGCCCGCACCCCCUCCCCUCCCCGCGACGCUCUGUAUGUUUAUGUAUGUUGGGGAGGUGGUGCUAGCCAGCCAGCCAGCCCGAAACGAAACAGAGCGCGCACUGCCGAAACAGAGGGGAGGAGAGGAGGGAUGGACUCCACCGCGGCGGCGGCGGCGGCGGCGGAGCCGCUGCUGGAGGCGGGCGGAAAGGAGAUGCGGCAGCUGGGGAGGACGGCGCACAACAUGUCCUCCUCCUCCCUCCGCAAGAAGUCCGACACCUCGCUGGUGCGCAAGGUGCCCUGCGCCGCGCUCCGCGGCUUCCUCUCCACCCUCCAGGAGGUGCUCUGCGGCACCAAGCUCUUCGUCCUCUUCCCCGCCGUCCUCCUCGCCGUCGUCGCCAGAUACAUGCGCUUCGGCCAGGUGUGGCUCUUCGUGCUUAGCUUAAUCGGGCUCAUUCCUCUUGCGGAGCGACUCAGUUUCCUGACGGAACAGAUCGCUUUCUACACCGGUCCUACUGUGGGUGGACUGUUGAAUGCGACGUUCGGCAACGUCACCGAGGUUAUCAUCGCGCUAUUCGCCCUGAGGGAAGGCAAGAUAACGGUGGUGAAAUGCUCCCUGCUCGGCUCUAUCUUGUCCAACUUGCUGCUUGUCCUCGGUACCUCUCUCUUCUUUGGUGGCCUGGCCAACCUCGGCGUCGAGCAGCCAUAUGACAGAAAGCAAGCAGAUGUCAGCACAGGGCUUCUGAUUCUUGGCGUGCUAUGCCAAUCGCUGCCGCUGAUGCUGAGGUAUGCAGUAAGCGCCGGUGAGCAUGCAGUGAACUCCGACGAUUCAGCAUUGGUGCUAUCCCGGGCGUGCAGCGUUCUCAUGAUCCUGGCCUAUGGAGCCUACCUUUACUUCCAGCUGAAGACGCAUCGCCAGCUCUUUGAGCCCCAGGAGAUUGAAGAUGAUAGUGAUGAUCUGGUCUCUGAAGAUGAGGCGGUACUGGGAUUUACAAGUGCGAUGGUUUGGCUAGCAGUCAUGACUGUGAUAACCGCCUUACUAUCGGAGUAUGUCGUGAGCACAAUUGAGGCGGCCUCAGAAUCCUGGGAACUAUCGGUGAGUUUCAUUAGCAUCAUCUUGAUCCCGAUUGUCGGGAAUGCGGCAGAGCAUGCUGGGGCAAUCAUAUUUGCUUUUAAGAACAAGCUGGACAUCACCCUUGGAGUAUCUUUGGGGUCAGCUACGCAGAUUUCCAUGUUUGUGGUGCCGCUGAGUGUCCUUGUGGCUUGGGUCAUGGGGGUUCCAAUGGAUCUUGAUUUCAACCUGCUAGAGACUGGUUCCUUGUUCCUGGCAAUAUUAGUGACAAGCUUCACCCUCCAGGAUGGGUCAUCGCAUUAUCUGAAGGGACUGCUUCUCCUCCUCUGCUACGCGGUGAUCGGCGUGUGCUUUUUCGUCCUGAGACGGCGAUCGGCUGACGGCGAUAAAUCUGGUUGAGCCUAGCGGACCGGCUUAGUUCAGGGUUCCCGAAAAACCGGACAGUGACUACUAAGUUGAAGAUCGUGAAGAGAAAGGUGGUAGAGUACCUCCCUCCCUCUCUGGGCAGAUGAGCGUGCAGCCAAGCCAAGCAGUAGGGCCUGCCUGCGUGUAAGGUUGUAGAUCGAGACUGAAUCAGGUGUUUAUGGUCAUCGCGGUCCUGUAAAUUAAUUGAGUUUAAUGUAUCCAUUAGUGCACCUAUAAGAAGCUAAUGUAGCUACGGAGGUAAGGCAGGCACAGUGAAAAACACAUACUGCUUUGCCUCCACCGUGUCGAGCAGUGGGGAACGAACCAUCAACGAGGAGUUUAUCUAGGAGAAA